GUUAGAGAGACGUUCAAGUCGUUCAAUGUUGUUUUUUUGCUAACCUUAAACCGCGGAACGUCCGCUGUAGUUGAAGCGGGUUAGUUUCAUUCUGUAGUGAGGAGGAAGGUGUUACCGCAGUGUGCUUUCUUUCCCCGCCCACCCCGGAAAACUGAAGCGAGACGUCGUUAUUUUUAUUUUUUAAGGUGACGUGGAGUCGGAGCUUCUUCUUCAUCCUCCUCCUUCUCUUCACUGGCUCUUGUACCUUAAAAGUACUCCAUUCUCCAGGUCGUGCUCCUAACACGUCGGGAUUUUUACAGCCGGGACAUUUCCGAGAUGUUUGGCUGUAAAUGUUCGUUGUAGAUUUGAGCUUCAGGUGUCAGCGGGAGGAGAAGGAGCCUGCCGGGCCUGGAGUCAGAGGAAUCCGCUGGACCAACUGGUUUGGUCGGCUCAACACCACUGGAAGCACGCAACAGAGUUAUGCUGUGUGGAGUAGGACACCGACCAGCCAGCUGCCAGAGGAGGACGGGUCUGCACUAUGUCUUGGUUCUGUGUCUUGUCACGGGCUGGACAGUUGGCUAUAAGCAGGGGACAAUGUGGACUCUCUAUGUCAACAAAGUGGGCCCUUAUCAUAACCCUCAGGAGACGUAUCACUACUACACACUGCCUGUUUGCAGGCCGCAGAAGGUGCACCACAAGUCUCUCAGCCUAGGAGAGGUGUUGGAUGGUGACCGGAUGGCAGAGUCUUUGUACCACAUCAGAUUCAGAGAAAAUGUAGAGAAACAAGUCCUUUGCCAGCUCACACUUUCUGAAACUCAGGUGGAUCAGCUUCGUGAAGCCAUUGAGGAGCUGUACUACUUUGAAUUUGUCCUGGAUGAUAUCCCAAUUUGGGGGUUUGUGGGAUACAUCGAGGAGAGUGGUUUUCUGCCUCACAGCCACAAGGUGGGUUUGUGGACUCACCUCGACUUCAACAUUGAAUACAACAAUGAUGCUGUGAUCUUUGCCAAUGUCUCAGUGAAGGACGUUAAACCCAUUCCCCUGGAGGAGGGGGCGGGUGCAGUGGUUGGGGGUGUUGGAGUGGGUGGAGGCAGCCUGACUGUCAUCCACACAUACGCUGUGCGCUGGUUCGAGUCCCCUGUGCCUCGCGCCCUGAGAGCCGAGCGCCUCCGGGACUACUCGUUCUUUCCAAAGACACUGGAAAUCCACUGGCUGUCCAUUAUCAACUCCCUGGUGCUGGUGGUGCUGCUGCUGGGUUUCGUCAUCAUCAUUCUGAUGCGGGUCCUGAAGAAUGACUUCACGAGGUACAACAUGGAGGAGGACGGCAGCUGUGAUGAUCUGGACCAGGGGGACAAUGGUUGGAAGAUCAUACACACUGAUGUCUUCAGAUUCCCUCCUUACAAGAGCCUCCUGUGUGCUGUGCUGGGAGUGGGCGCUCAGUUCCUCACCCUUGCCACAGGGAUCAUAGUCAUGGCGUUGCUCGGAAUGUUCAAUGUGCACCGUCACGGGGCCAUAAACUCUGCAGCUAUUGUCCUGUACGCCCUGACCAGCUGCGUUUCUGGCUAUGUUUCGUGCAGCUUCUACACACAGAUCAGUGGACAGCGCUGGGUGUGGAACAUCAUCCUUACCUCAUCUCUCUUCUCCGCUCCCCUCUUCUUUACAUGGAGCGUCGUGAACUCGGUCCAUUGGUGGAGCGGCUCUACACAGGCUCUGCCGGCCUCCACUGUCCUACUUUUGCUGGGUGCGUGGGUGUUGGUCGGCUUCCCCCUCACUGUUAUCGGUGGAAUUGUGGGAAAGAACAGAGCUGGAAGCUUCCAGGCGCCAUGCCGCACUCGAAACAUUCCCCGACAGAUCCCUGCUCAACCCUGGUACAAACACAUAGCUGUACACAUGGCUAUUGGCGGCUUCCUGCCCUUCAGUGCCAUCUCAGUGGAACUCUACUACAUCUUUGCCACUGUUUGGGGUCGAGAACACUACACCCUGUAUGGCAUCCUGCUGUGCGUGUUCGCCAUCCUCCUGUCGGUGGGCGCAUGUAUCUCUGUGGCCCUCACAUAUUUCCUGCUGUCUGGUGAGGACUACCGCUGGUGGUGGCGGAGCGUGCUGAGCACCGGUUCUACCGGCCUCUUCAUCUUUGUCUACUGCAUUUUCUACUACAGAAACCGCUCCUCCAUGAGCGGCCUGGUACAGAGCACAGAGUUCUUUGGCUACUCUCUGCUCACAGCACUGGUUUUCUCCUUGAUGCUGGGCAGCGUGUCAUUCUGGGCCUCUUUGGCAUUUAUUCGCUACAUCUACCGUAGCCUCAAGAUGGACUAGAAAUACAUGCAUAUGGACAAUCUUCAUUCUUCAGCCUUUUUUUAAGUUGCACCUCCUGUGGGUGCUAAUGGGAGGAGAAAUGGGGUCCUUUUAUAUUUGGCACAAACCGAUGAUUGAACUAACAGCUGUAAUUGUUGGAAAAAGGGAUUGUUCAAUGGACUGAUAUUGGUGGAAGGGAGGGAACUUGUAUGGGUAAAAUGGGAUACCACAGUACUAAUCUGUCUCACUAAGAAUGUAUGAAGGAAAUUAUGAUUUUUGACUGUAGCUGAAUAGAUUUCAGUGUUUGAUGCAGUUUCUUUUGGCCUGGUACAAUCUGCACAUUCUUUAUUCCGGCUGUUCCACCGAAAGACCUUUUUAUGCUUCUACUACUCUGUAAUUCCAUGGCCAUACAAUCGCAUUGACGCAGUUGUGAACCUUUCAAAGUUCUCCGUCGGGGUUGGUGGUUGUAGCAAUGCAAUUCACCACCAGAACAGUAGGGGGUGCAAUGUUUUUUGUGAAGACUGACCUACUAUCCCAUGAAAGCUGUUGAUUGUGAAACUGGAAAAGUGAGAUUCCGGAAAUGAUGUAUUUAGUGGCCCUAU